UGUCCGCUGUCGGCCCCCUCUUUGAACACAGAUAAGGAAAGCACACUCGCACCAAAAACACACAGCUCCACGCACACACACACCAAAAACACACACUACACACAGUGAAAGGAUGAGCAGCGGCGGUGGCGCUGAGGUUGUUCUUCCCUUGACGUCAUCUGGUUCUUCCUACUCUCUCACCACACAUGUAUCUUACAGCUGUGGCUCCUGCAGCUAUGAACUCAACCUCAACUCCUGCAACCGCAACAUAUCAGUCAUCGACGCAAACUAUGAAAAGUCAAUGAAACGAGGGGUCAUUUCGUUCUUUUCAAUCGAUGAGAGCAGGUUUACACAGAUAAGCAAGGUCCGGUGGUUACCCUACUUGGCAUCCAAGAACUCGUGGAGACUGUUCCAACGACGAACCAAACUGCUGUGUAGAAAUUGCGGGAACCACAUUGGCACGGCCAGGAAUGUGGAUGAUACUUGUUCGUCUCCAUUUCAAGUGGUCAAGCAGAGGUCAGUGACUUGGGACGGGAUCUCUGCACGUAGAACGUAUGAGAUGAGAAUACGGUCAUUGAGGCCAUUGUCCUUUGAGGGGUCUGCUCUCUUGAUCUGAACUUCAAGGAGGAUGGUAGAGACAAAGUCAUUUUUUGUUGGAUGUAUGGUAGAGACAAAGUCAUUUUUCAGUUUGUUCAUUGCAAAUGAGUGUAGUCAAAGGUGAAGGAAAUAAGAGUUGGUCAUGUCAUGAAUGUAUUAUAAUCUGUGAAAUGGUUCUGUAAUUUAAGCUCUUUGUUGUAAUGUAUUGGAUUGCUUAAACGUUUUAGGUCUGAAAUUCUGCAAUUAGGUAUAAAAACCAUUGCCGGCAGAAUUGCACUUUUGAUCUCGCUAGAUAGGCUUUCACUUUUUAUCUCAAACUUUACAGAUCGAAAU